AUGAUGAAUGUUUUUAAUAAUGAUCAUAAUAAAAGCAUGGUCGAUUCAAUUUGGAAAGAUCGAAUUGAACGAGCUCUCAAGCAUGUUUGUCGUACUGUUGAUUUACGACAAAGAGAUGAUGCCGAGCCUAUUCUUAAAAAUAUCGCUGAUCAAUAUAGUGAUUUCAGAAGACCACGUAUGGUUUCUGAAUCUAUGAUAGAAAAUGACAAAGCCUCUCUUUACACAAGUUGUUCCUUUGAUGAAAUGAAUGGUGACAAACUUAUUUGUUUGCUAACGAUUUUACCACAUGUUGAUCAAUUACCUAAUUUGUUUACUUAUGUACCAUUACAAAGCAAUUUUCUAUGUGAUACAAAUACACAUCUGUCCGAUUUACUUUUGGAUGAGGAGAGUGAAGAUGUUAAAAAUCUUCUUAUUUCUAUACAAUGUGAUUCUCUAAGCGAACAACAACAAACGAUUCGAUCGUCGUCAUCAUCAAAACGUAUACGUCGUUUUUCAAGAACGUCCAUCAUUAAUGAUCGAAAUAAUGAAUUCAUUUUUGAUGAAGAACAUCUCUUGGAAUUAUUAAAGCGUCUUAAACAACAGUCAGAUAACAAUACAUUCCUAAUGACAGUAGAGGAUGAAACGAUUUUAUUUGAUACUUUAAUAAAACUGCACCCAUCAUCCGCCGAUUUAAUACGAGAUCGUUUCGGUACGAUAUUUGAAUCGAAACGAUUGCAACCAAAAGAAUUGUCUCCAAAUAUCGAUAAUUCAUCAAUAUCAUUGGAUUCAUCUGUUGAAAAUAUUUUACAUUCUUAUUUUAUGCUUUUUUGUCGUCGUUGUCAUCGAUACGAUUGUUUUCUACAUAAAGAUAAACCAAUUAUACCCGAUUUGACUAAUCAAUCAAAAACUUACAAUAUAAAUUAUCGUCCAUGUAAUUCUGAAUGCUAUCGAAGAAAAGCUUUAUCCUUCUAUCAAAAGAAACGAAAUAAAAUUGAACUCAAACGAAGUUAUAGUGAACUAUUUAACAAUAGUAAACAUUCUUCUACAUGUAAAACUUCUACUAAUGGUUUUCAUUCGAAACGUCUAAAAUCCAAUGCAAAUAAAUCUGAUCAUCUAUCGUUAUCGGCAGCAUCAUUACUAAAUGUAAAUACUCAUAGAAAUGGCAUUAUUUUUAAACCAUCUAUAAAACGAAAACUAAACGAUGAACUAUCAGGUUGGUUGUCCAGUGAGAAAUCAUUAUUUCGUGUAUUUCAUGCUAUUUAUGGUGAUAAUAUAUGCAUAAUUGCUGAACUACUUGAAAAACCAUGUUCACAAGUUUAUACAUUUUAUAUAAAUGAAAUGCAUAGAAAUGAAAAAGAUCUAUUUCUACAAGGAAAACUAUCAAUAGCCAAUCAAUUAUCAGUGGAACCUGUUUUAACGAAAUCAUCGAAUUCGGUUGAUGUUAAAAUUAAUGGCGAAUAUAAAAAGAAAAAUCUAAAAAAUUCAGCAAUAAACACAAAUCAUAGUGAAGAAUCAAUCGAUGAUAAAAUAAAAACGUGCAAUCAAACAGCGUCAAACGCAAAUCGUUCAACACCAAAUCAUUGUUCAUCUCGUCGUUCACAUUUCUCAUCAUUUCGUCGUCAACGUAGUCACCAACAAAUACUAUUAAAUCAUCAUCAUAAUCUAUUAUUAGAACAAAAACGUCACACAUAUUAUCCAUGUGAUCAUGAUCGUUCUAUGCCAUGCAAUGAUCAAUGUUAUUGUCUACAUUCGGGUAAUUUUUGUGAGAAAUAUUGUUGUUGUACGUCAUUGAAAUGUGAAAAUCGUUUUCCUGGCUGUCGUUGUCGUUCAUCAUGUACGACAAAACAAUGUCCAUGUUAUGCUGCAGCACGUGAGUGUGAUCCUGAUUUAUGUACACAAUGUGGUGCAGAUGACUUUCGCAAUGGCGAUGAAAAUAAUACCGAGUUAAUAACAAAAUCGACAUGCUCAUGCCAUAAUGUUCCGAUUCAACGUAGUUUACAUAAACCACUAUUAUUAGCUGAAUCUGAUGUUGCUGGCUGGGGAAUAUUUACACAAGUUAGUAUUCAACGAAAUGAAUUUAUUGCUGAAUAUUGUGGAGAAAUAUUAACUCAAGAUGAAGGUGAACUGCGUGGACGUAUGUAUGAUAAGAUAGGUACAAGUUUUCUAUUUGACCUCAAUGAAGAAUAUAUGGUUGAUGCAACACGUCGUGGAAAUAAAAUACGUUUUGCUAAUCAUUCAAUAAAUCCGAAUUGCUAUGCUAAAGUUAUUAUGGUUAACGGUGAUCACAGAAUCGGAAUUUAUUCUAAACGUUGUAUAUCAGCUGGAGAAGAACUAUUUUUUGAUUAUCGCUAUGGAGCAAAUCAUCAUUUACGUUUUGUUGGUGUUGAAAAACAUACCACUGAAGAUCAAGCCGAUACAUUAUUGCUGUGA